GAAGAGUCACUGAGGAUCCUCUGUACUGAACUAUUACUUGUCAAAGAAUUGCCAUGUCUCAACUGACCGUGCUACGAAGUUAUGCGUUAAAGUCCAAUCCUGCAACACUUCCACCAUCUGUUCUGCUAUCUCACUCUGAGACGUCUGUGACGCUGUUCGACGCGUUUCCAAAGUCAAUAUUCCACUUUCUAAUCUUGCCGCGCCCUCAACCUUCGCUGAGUAUUUUUGAUCUUGCGAACCUAUCGUCACUGUUGAAAUGCGACAAUUCGAAAGCAAAGAGCGUUCUACUGACAAUGAAAGAAGAAGCACAGUCCGUGAAGGACAUGAUUGAGUCUGAGAUGAUGAAGCGGUAUGGCUUCAAGUGGGGGAUAUGGACAGGGUUCCAUGCAGUGCCGAGCAUGGAGCAUCUUCAUCUUCAUGUCCUUUCGAACGACCUGUGUUCUCCCAGGAUGAGAAAGAAACAGCACUACCAAUCGUUUCAUCCAAAGCAUGGGUUCUUUCUUCACCUGGACGACGUUCUUUCAUGGUUUGACGCCGAACCUUCUUAUUAUGAUACUGUGUCUCAAUUAAAGAAGUCCCAGUAUGAGCCGCUUUUGAAAGGAGAUUUCGAAUGUUGGAAAUGUGAACGAGUCAUCGCCAAUAUGCCAGCACUAAAAAGCCACCUGCAAGAAGAGUGGGAUAAGGAAAUGCAAAGGGAAACAGCGAAGCUGAAGAGGAAACAAAAAAGCCCAGACCUCCCGACUGCCAAAGGGACAGACGCGUUGGAAACAGUGCCAAAGGAAAGGAGGUCGCCAGAUGCAGCUUAGAAGAAGCAAAACUCAUGGAAAUUUGGACGCUCCAGACCUGAUCACAAUGGAGCAUAUGUGCUUUACACUGCAAUGUUCUGGCUAGCUGGCUGCAAACAUCAUACAAGUGACCCUACAAUGUUGCUGUCCGUGAAAGUUUGGGCUCUAUGUAUUUGUAUUUUAUCUCAAGCUGCCCUGUCUCAAUGUCUC